UCCCAACGACAAGGUCACGGGACCUGGGGUUUCCUACCUUGUUCGGUACAUGGGUUGUGUGGAGGUCCUCCAGCUGAUGCGGGCCUUGGAUUUCAGUACUCGCCCCAGGUCACUAGAGAAGCCAUCAGUCUGGUGUGAGGGGCUGAGCGGAGGAGAAAGCCUUGUAGCCGCCCACUCAGCUCCAUACUGGGGAGGACUAAUCUGAAGUUUGCUGGCAUGCACAUCACCCUAACUGUUUCUACCGGCAGCCUCAAACUCACGGCUGCAGACUGUAUAUAGAUCAUCGCCAAUCAUCACAUGCAGUCAGUCUCCUUUGCGUCCGAUGGGGAUCCGGACACUGCAGAGUGUGUCGCCUAUGUUGCCAAAGAUCCUGUCAAUCAGAGAGCCUGCCACAUCCCGGAGUGUCCAGAAGGACUAGCACAGGAUGUCAUCAGUACCAUUGGCCAAGCCUUUGAGAUGCGCUUCAAACAACACCUCAGGAACCCACCCAAGCUUGUCACUCCCCAUGACAGCAUGGCUGGCUUUGGUGGCUCAGUUUGGGAUGAGGAGGAAGAGGAGCCGCUUGACCGUUGGUAGGACAAUGACUUCCCAGGGAAGGAGCCCCCCACCUUGGUGGCUUAGUAGACAUGAGGCUUCGGGAUGGAGCUGGCCCAGGGGUCGUCCACCUCCACCCAGUACUCAGACCACCAAUCACCUAAGAGCUACUUUGCCCGUCGGACAGCUAGCCGGUGGUGACCCUGACAUUCGAAAACGGCUCCUAACUCCUGGACCAGGUAGAGAACUAUUUGGUGAUCCCUCCUAUGUCAAUGUCCAGAACCUGGAGAAAGUCCGGCAAGGAGCUGGUGGCCCUUCUAACCCUACUACCAAUGGCAGUGUCCCGGGUGACCUCUUUGAUAUGAAGCCAUUUGAAGAUGCGCUUCUGGUCCCCCCACCCGUCCCUACCACACCAAUGGCUGAGCAGCUCCGAGGACAGCCCUGGUUCCGUGGGAAGUUGGGUAGGCGGGAGGCCGAAGGGCAGCUGAGGCUCAACGGGGACUUCCUGGUUCGGGAGAGUAAGACUGCCCCUGGCCAGUAUGUCGUUACUGGCCUGCAGAGCCGCCAGUCCAAAUGUUUGCUGCUCCUUGAUCCUGAAGGCGUGGUUCAGACAAAGGAUCACCGAUUCGAGAGCGUCAAUCACCUCAUCAGCUACCACUUGGACAAUCACCUACCCAUCAUCUCUGCAGGCAGCGAGCUACGUCUUCAGCAGCAGGGAAAGCUGAUUGUUAAACAUGUACCUUCAUGCCCCUAGUUUUGGGGCACCCAAGUUUCUAGAAUCUAAUUGCCUGUACCCAGUCCUGGAGAGGCAGCAGUAGAAGGUGGCAAUGGAAAAAGUUCCCAACUAUGUGUCCAAGUAGUGGAUGUUCCUAAACCUCAAGACAACUAGAGAGAGAAAGGAAAUUACUAAGUAGUUCCAGGCUGAGCAUUACCCUCUAGCAACCAUAAAUUCAAGAGUUCUUGCACUUGGGAGAUCUGCUAGAGACAGUACUUCUAUGAGAGCAGAAAGUCUGGAAGACUGUGGUCUAAGGCCAUUUUUACUGGCUACAAGCAAAAUCUACAAAACCAGAAGAAACACAUAGCUCUUUUUAAAAUUAAAGGAGCUUAUUCUUAGGAUGAAAUUGAAUUCUAUUUAGGCAAGAGAUGUAUCCAUGCAGACAAAGUGAAAAACAACACAGUGACUCCUGUAGAAAAACCCAACAAAACCAGAGUGACCUGGGGAAAGGUUACUUGUGUUCAUGGACACAGUGACAUGAUUCAGGCCAAGUUCCAUAGCAAUCUUCCUGCAAAGGCCAUUGGACAGAGAAUCUAGCAAAUGCUGCAUCCAUGAAAAUU